GGGAGGAGGCGAGAGAGCUCCCGAGCGAGGUUGCCCGUUGCCGUCGCUUCCAGCCGGCUCCGAGAGGCGUGUGGGAGAAAACUCUGUCUCCGCUUUCGCUAGAGGCGGCCAAGCAGGCAGGACACUCCCACACAAGUGCAGGAAAGGCCGCCCUUAUUGCUUCCCAUGCCAUCAAUCAUUGGGACAGCGGAACCACUUCCUUCAAUGCCGGUUUCAAAUCGCCUUAAAUUAUCAAUGUACACGGGGCCUACGGUGCAAUAUAAUCCAGUUUCUGAAUCCAGAUUGUCUCCUUUGAACUGAAUGAUAUGUUAGUGUAGACUCAUAUAAUCCAGUUCAAAUCAAAUAAUCUGGAUUCAGGAACUGGAUUAUAUGGCAGUGUAGAUCGAGGGCCCUUCCAGACAGGCCCAGUAUCCCAGGAUCUGACCCCAGCUUUUUUGUUUAUCCCAGAUUAUCUGGCAAUGCGGACUCAUAUAAUCCAGUUUUAAACCAGGAAACUUGGGAUCAGAUCCUGGGAUAUAGGCCCCUUUCAAACAGCCAACUAAAAAUCCCAUAUUAUCUGCUUUGAAUUGGAAUAUAUGGCAGUGUGGACUCAGAUAUCCCAGUUCAAAGCAGAUAUUGUGGGAUUUUCUGCAUUGAUAUUCUGGUUUAUAUGGCUGUGUGGAAGGGCCCCUAGAGCAGUGGUUCUCUACCCGUUGGUCCCCAGAUGUUUUGGCCUUUAACUCCCAGAAAUUGUAACAGCAGGUAAACUGGCUGGGAUUUCUGGGAGUUGGAGGCCAUAACAUCUGGGGACCCACAGGUUGAGAACCAGUGCCCUAGAGUCUGUCUGGAAGGGCCCCUAGCUUGUGUUGAGGACCAUAGAACAGACAAUCCUGCAUUUUUCUUGUUUUGGAAGGAACUGAAGAGAGAGGGGGGGGGGGGCCUUCCACACCCCCAUAUAACCCGGAAUAUCAAGGCAGAAAAUCCCACAAUAUCUGCUUUGAACUGGGUUAUCUGAGUCCACAUUGCCAUAUAUCCCAGUUGGAAGCAGAAAAUGUGGGAUUCUAUUCAGCUGUGUGGAAGGGGCCAGAGAGAGAGAAUAAUGUGUGACCUGAGGGUUUUAAGCAAUAUGUUAAGGAUUAUCAUAUUCAUUAUAAAAAGGCAGAAAAAUCCUGCAUUUCCUUCAGUGCAGAGAGUUAAGCAAUUUAUUUAGGACCUUAACACCAAUGAUAAAGAAACUCCUGAAUUUUGUAGGCAGGACCUGCAGUUUUUAAGCAGUGGAUUGAGGACCACAAUAUUCGGGGAUGCAUGGAACAUGGAACAGAAAAAGUGUCAAGGAUUCUCAAUGUGUGUAAUGCUGUUCCAAUACUGUUUCCCGUUUAGGUGAUUUUAACUAGACAAGCUUUUAUUUGGCAACCUAAAUAAAUAGGUCUAGCAUAGGGAAUUAUAUUUACUACUUUUUCCAGAAAGCUCAAGGUUCUGCCUCUAUCAAUUGUUUAUUAUUAUAGCAAGCAUGUCAGGCAUUAGAAAUGUGCACAUACAUUUACAUAACACCCCUUACUUGGUGUGGUUUGGGGAUAGUAAACAUUUGACUCCCUAGGCCUUAUUUGUAUGCAAGACCCACCUGCCCUAGUCAGUUUGGUAAAUAGUGAGGGAUGAUGGAAGUUGCAGUCUUCUGGGAGGGACAGGCAUUCUAGCUUAACUCCUUAUGUAGUGAGCUGCAGGAGUGUCCCCUGUAAGUAUUUCCUAUCAUUAAAACAUAAUUGAGAAAUAAUUCUGAUUUGAUGAUUGGGUGAAUAUGGAUAUGUAAAACAGCUUUAUUGGCUUGAAAAACAGUAAGUAGUAGUUUUUCCGAAACUCCACAGAAUAGUUUUCUUGAGUUGUCAGCACACACAGUUGCUGUGAAACAUUUUCAGGCACACAACUAAACCUUUUCUUAGCUAUUUGUCUGCCAUGCACUGUACUUACUGGGUGUGAGACUAAAUUUUAUGAGUUGAACCAUAAAACGUAUUGCAAUGCAGAGCCAGAGCUACACCUGAUAAUGACUGGGGAUUGGGGGUUUUUUCCUUACUUUUUGCUUUUCUGUCUCUUCUCCUUCUCAAAUGAGUGCUUGCUUGACUCAGAUCAGUUGGUGGCGUUGUCUGUUCCGCUUCUAAAUACAGUUCUACUUCCCCCUUCAAAAGUAUUGUUACAAAUUGACAGGGCUGUAGCAGGAACAUGAAAGAGGAAGAGAAGUGGCAAAAAUGUUACUGAAUGAUUCUUGAGUGAAGGAGGAGGGCUGAAGCACAUGGCAGCUAAUCCUAGUGCAGAGGACAGGAAGAGGAUUUUGUGAGUGACAGGAAUUUUUAAAGAAUUCAUUGAUGACAAAUGGAGGAAGACAGUUGUGAGAGUUUGGGGAGACAAUAGGUACUGAGUGUGGAAUGAGUGAAGGAAAAAAAUCUGACAUAAUUUUUUGGAACGUGAUAAGCUAUAUAUAUUAUGAAAAUAAAGUUUAGCUACUAAUUACUGUGUUAAACCUGAUGGGUUUCCUUUAGUCUGGAUUAUAGAGUCCCAUAUUUAGCAUUCUGGGAAUCAAUUGUAAAAUAAAGUUGUCCACACCAUGGACACCUUGAAGGUGCAUGAUGCAAAACGAAGGAGGAAUUUAAGUAGAGAGCAUAGGGCAGGGGAAGAGUGGCAGACACCCAAGGAACAUCUAUACGGAUGUUGUCUUUAGUGACUGGGAUAAUGUUACUUUGCCUUGCUGUUAUCACAUGCUUUGACCAUGCAGUCUUCUGCAAGUUCAGUCCCUCAUAACCAGUCAUUCGUUAGGAAUUCUGAGAAUCACAAAACAAUGUAUGGAGGGCCACAUGAUUCCCAUCCUGGGUUGAUCAUUUAAAUUAGCGCAUUUGUAUAAAUAAUGAUUAAUUUAAAACUAAUCGCUUGCAAUAAUUUUGAAAAUGCAUUACGUUUACAACUACAGAUCCUACUUACACAUGUGACUAGACGGAAGACUAGAUAGGUGAUUUGUCUGAUUCAGCAGGUUCUUCUGUUCUUACAUAAAAGGAUUAGCCAAUUAAAGAACUUUCAUUGGGCCAGUGGGACUCUUCCAAGGAAUUCCUGUUGAUCUUCAGCCUUGGUGCCUUCAUUGUGAGUAUACAGGCAGUCCUCAAGUUAUGAAUAGGAUAGAGUCUGUAGGUUUGUUCUUAAGUUGAAUUUGUUUGUAAGUCAGAACAGGUACAUUUGUGUGUUUAGCUUUGGAUAGCAUAGGGAAGGGUUAACAUCUCUUUGGUGUUUGUAUUGCUAUCUGUAUCCCUGUUCAGAAGAUUUCACCUCACUUUUGUCCCUAUGAGAAUUGGAUUUUGAAAAAACCACUUGUUGUGAAAACAAGGAUUGGUGUUAAAGCUUCAGUGGAGACACCUUUUCCCCUGAUAACUUUUACAGGAGUGAAUUUCCCUUCCUAGGAGUCAGUUUCUCUCACUUUGUUGUCUCACCCCCGUUCUUAACUAUGAGUCUUUUGUAAGUCAGAUGUUUGUAACUCGGGGACUUAUUGUACUUGAUGGGUGCUCAUUUUUCCUCCUGUUUUUACAGUUCAAUGUUUCCUCUUCUGUUACACAUUUCUCCUUGCUCUCCCGAGACAACAUUUCUGACAUAAAUAGCAGGAAGGGAAGGGAAAAGAGAGCAAUAAAAGGUGUAAAUCGAUAAUAACAUAACUUCCUCAGCCAACUAUUCCAGUUUCAGAGAGACAACUCAAUGCAAUUGAAGUGACAGUGAGUAAAAGACAGUGUGCUGUAAGAUGGGGAAAAGAGGCCCUACUAAUCUGUUAUUUGCUUAUUUACCUGGGAAUAACUAAUACAAUACUGCCAAAGCAGGGGAACUGAAAUAGAUUUAUUUAGGAUUUUGAGGAGCCCUGUAUCCCUUGAAUUAAAAGCUGUUCUAGACAUACAAAAGGCAUUAAAUGCAAUUCAAGAAAUUGUAGCUGAAAAGGAAAUUCGGUACAAACUUAUACAUGUGCAGGAGCACUGAUGUGUACUCAUAUUUCCUUUGGUUUCUGACUUAAGAAUUUUGAAAUACAAAUUAAUAGUUGUCAUAGCACUAGUUUUUUUCAAGAACUCCACUAACAUAACUAUUGUUUUGAGUAAAACUUGGGCCUUUCAAAAAACAGCAUAUAUGGAUGUAUAUAAAUCUAGUUUGUGGGGGGAAAGGCUGUAAGUUUAGAUACCUAAUUUUGCUUAAUGGCUUGUUGCAAAUGGCUGGCUUCAUCAAUUGCUUGGAUAGUAACGUUCUGUAGAUUGCUUUUUAAGAAUUGCUAAUUCAGAUGGGCUUAAGGCUUACUGCUUCUGUCCUGCUUGUGAUAAAAAAUGAAAAUUGUCUAAAUCUUCAUCCCUAACGCUGAGAAUAGUAUUUUGCAUUUUCCGCUGGCAUAUUCAGCAAAGCAUUAUGAGAUGUCUGUUCCCACUAAAGAAGGCUAUUUUACAGUUGCUGCCAUACACACCUGUUCAACUAUAAAUUGGAUACUGAAUGGCGGAGCUUGGAAUCCUUUCCCUUGGAUAUCUAUCAGUUUCCAUUUCAGAUUAUUACAAUACUCUCAUGUUUUGUCUUACAUGAUAAUCCUCGUAACUGCUGCUAAAGACGACAAAGACAAAACGUAGACAAAUAAAUUAAAAUGGAUCCGUGUUCAGUUGGAAAUCAGCUGCAAGCUAGCAGUGAUUGCCAUAAAACAUUCUUUACCUCUCAAACUGGCUUCAAGCGUAAACAAGAUUUUUCAUCAACUGAUCUAUUACUCCUUCAGCUUAGGACUGGGAUAACCUUUACAGAGAACAACAUGAUCUGUUUCCAUCAUGCUAAAGUUUACCUUGAUAGAUAUGAAGACUUGCAAAAGUCAUGUUGUGAUCCCUUUAAUAUACACAAAAAAUUUUCAAGGAAAAACUUGCAUGUAAUUGACAUAAAUGAUGCUACUUUUCUAAGUGCCAAGUUUGGACGGCAGUUUAUACCUGGCUGGAAGCUUUGUCCAAAAUGUACACAGAUAAUAAAUGGAAAUGCAGAGGUUGAUUCUGAAGACCGCCAGCGAAGAAGACUUGAUUCAGACGGGCGUACAGCUAAAGCCUUGAAAUCCUUACAGUUUGCUAAUCCAGGACGACAUACUGGAUUUGCUCCAGAAGUAAACAAAAGAGAAAAAAGAAGACUCCAAACAAAAAGCACAUCCGUUAAUUCAGAUAGGCAGGUAAUACCCACAAAGAGCAAAGUGUACGAUAGUCAAGGAUUCCUGCUUUAUAGUGGGAUAGACCUCUGUGACUGUCUCGAUGAAGAUUGCCUAGGAUGUUUUUAUGCCUGUCCAAAGUGCGGCUCCAGCAAGUGUGGACCUGAAUGUCGUUGCGAUCGGAAGUGGCUAUAUGAACAAAUUGAGAUUGAAGGAGGAGAAAUUAUACGGAAUAAGAAAACAGGAUAGCUUGCAAAUUUCAUCUGAGGUACAUGGAACAAUAUGACAUAGAUUUUUCCAUGUAAAAAUACACAGAAUGUGUUCAGAGUUCCAGUUAGUGCUUGACACAUUAGAUCAGCACUCAAGGUCAGAGUUCAUUGUAUCUACCUAUAGAAAAAUAAAAUUAAAAGAUUAUUCAUGGGCAAGUAGAUUGAUAAGAGUAGUACAGUAUUAGCCAUUCUUGACCUAGGCUCUGUAGUGCAGACUUUUUCCCACACAUCUCUCCAUUCCUUUGUAGGAAAAAUCUGGGAAUACAGUAAUUAUCAAAAAAAGUGAUGGCUACUUUAGCAGGCAUGAACAGUGUUGCAAAUUGUAGACUUGUAAUUUGCUUCAUGAGCAAAACAUAAUAUCAAAUUUAUAACAGUUUUUUUAGGAAGAAAUACAAUAAUUGGCUUCUGUUAGAAGAAAUAUGUACAUGUGUUAAUCUGCAAUGGAAUGAACUCUCCUGUGCUGUGAACCCCAUGGGGGGCAGGUGAAAGUGCCAAAGAUAUCAACUCAACCAGCAUGUCUGUUAUGCAGUGUUUAAGGAAAUUACAGUUGAGUCUAUGUAACCAGGCAAAUGAUGUCUAGUCUGAAAUAUUAGUCUUUUCUACUUUUGAGAAAUACAUAUGUUACUUACUUGUAAAAGUACAUUUUAGAAGGGGAGGUCUUCUAAACUGUCUGUAAUAACUGAUACUUUUCACAAGGGCAAAAACAUGUACAUUUCCAUAGAGUUCAUUCAGUGUUGCAUCUUCCUUGCUAGUUGUGCACAUUCAAUAGUUAAGAGUAUCAAAAGUGGCAGAGGCACAUUGUCGACUCAGUGAAUAAGAGUUCUCAUUUGUGUAAUAAAAUUUGGGUAUGAUUUCUUUCUGCCAUUUGAAAUUAUUGUUAGCAUUAUGUAAUGUAUGGUUUGUUUUAAAGAUUAUUCUGUUGCUUGAUGUGACUUCCCAUGACUGUGGCUCCUGCGCAAGAAUGUAUCUAUCCAGUUACUAUUAUUCACCUAGGAAAACAAAGGAUCAUACAUAACAAACAAGUUGUAUUAAAGCUAGUAGUGUUUUGCCUCUGAAAAGAAAUGGCAGUGAGAUUGAAUCCCUUGCCCAUAUCAUAUAAUUCCAUAGGUGUUCUAAUGCACACAUGGCAAGGUAUACCUUGUUUGCCAUGGAAAUGUUUUCUUGAUGUUCGUGAACUGCAAACAAUAGAGGAUAUGUAUGGGUCCACUGGACUGCAGCAAGCAUGCACAUGCUUUAUGUAGAAACCACUUCUCUGUCAACUAUAACAAAAUGUGAUCAAUCAUUACUAAAAUUAAUUUGCUCUUGGAUGUAUUUUAAAUGAAUAAAGUAUUACAACUCCUUGG